CCACUCUAGAUCCCUCACACACUUCUUCACCUUUAUUUCUCUCGCCAGCCGACUUCUCUCUCCCUCUCUCUCUCUCUCUCUCUCUCUCUAAUACCUGGUAGCUUCGACCAGGUAACCUAAUCUAUUAAGAGGAUUUGAACUCGAGCUGAGAGGUGAUUGAUUUUGCUUGUGGAGUCGAUAUGAACGGCGGGGAUUUGAAUCAGAAUCAGAAUCAGAAUCAGAACCUGAGCAACCAGCAGCAGCAGUUGCAGCACCAGCAGUGGGUGGCGAUGCAGCAGUACCAGCAGCAGUGGAUGGCGAUGCAGCAGCACAUGAUGUACAAUCAACAUUACGCCCCGUACUACCACCCGCAGCAGCAGCAGUAUCACCAGCCGGCCGCGGCGCAGGGGCAGAAGCAGAACAAUCAGAUUCACAACGGAGCUGAAGAUAACAAAACGAUCUGGAUUGGAGAUCUCCAGCAGUGGAUGGAUGAAGCCUAUAUCCACUCGUGCUUUUCUCAAUCUGUAGAGGUUGUCUCAGCCAAGGUAAUCCGCAAUAAGCAGACAGGGCACUCCGAGAGAUAUGGAUUCAUCGAGUUCAAUUCUCAUGAAGCUGCAGAGAAAGUUCUGCAGAGCUUCAAUGGAAGCAACAUGCCAAAUACAGAGCAACCAUUUCGCUUAAACUGGGCAGCCUUUAGCGCUGGUGAUAGGCGCCCUAACACUGGUGGUGGUGGUGGUGGUGGGGGUGAUAUUGGUUCUGAUCUUUCAAUAUUCGUUGGAGAUUUGGCUUCUGAUGUUACUGAUGGAAUCUUUACUGACACCUUUGCUAGUAGAUAUCCAUCUGUAAAAGGUGCUAAAGUCGUAGUUGAUGCAAAUAGUGGGCGUUCAAAAGGUUAUGGGUUUGUCAGGUUUGGAGAUGAAAACGAGAGGACCCGAGCCAUGAAUGAGAUGAAUGGUGUUUAUUGUUCUAGCAGACCUAUGCGAAUUGGUGUUGCAACCCCUAAAAAGACUUCUCAACAACAACAACAAUAUUCUUCCCAAGCUGUCAUAUUAGCUGGUGGUGGUGGUGCAUAUGCAAAUGGUGUUGUCCCCCAAGGUCAUUCUGAGAACGACUCAGCUAACACAACAAUAUUUGUUGGAGGACUCGACUCUGAUGUAACUGAUGAAGAACUGAGACAGUCGUUUACUCCAUUUGGAGAAGUUGUCUCUGUGAAAAUACCAGCAGGAAAGGGAUGCGGUUUUGUUCAAUAUGCAAACAGGAGCAAUGCAGAGGAUGCUAUUGAAAGACUAAACGGGACGGUUAUUGGCAAGCAGACUGUUCGUCUAUCAUGGGGUCGAAGUACAGGUAACAAGCAGGUAAGUCUUUCAUCUUUAGUCUUUCUGUGUGAUUGGAUUGGUUCUGGUAUAUUCCUUCGUCAGAUUACAUUGUUUAGCCUUGACAUAAAGUGGAAGCUUGUCAUAACAAAGUACAGUAAGUUUGUCGAACCAAAUCAGUGUCUGGAAACUAUUUCUACCAAUACACAACCGUACACUGAUAAAAACAAAUAAUAGAACAGAGAUUUGGCUCGAACAAAUUCUCGGCUACACUCAAUUGCUAUUGCGGCAUUCUUGAAUAUGAGAUGUAACAAGUCUGAAGCUUUUCUUCAUUUCCAUUUGCAGUCGAGGAUGGAUGCCAACGGUCAGUGGAACGGGGCUUAUUACGGGAGGCAAGGGUACAACGGCUAUGGAUAUGCUGCAGCAAGCCCAUCAUACGGGGCUCGUUCAAAUGGUCACGGGAAUCUCCAGCAGCCGGUCAGC